GACCCUGGACCUGGCAUGCAGAAGCCUCAGCUCUUGGUUCCUGUCAUGGCCACUCCAAAUGGAACUCUGGUCCAUCCAGCAUACUUCCUGCUGGUGGGAAUCCCUGGCCUGGGGCCUGACAUACACUUUUGGCUGGCUUUCCCCCUGUGCUUUAUGUAUACCAUGGCCACCCUGGGAAACCUGGCCAUUGUCCUCAUCAUCCGUGUGGAAAGGCGUCUGCAUGAGCCCAUGUACCUCUUCCUGGCCAUGCUUUCCACUAUUGACCUAGUCCUGUCUUCUGUCACCAUGCCCAAGAUGGCCAGCCUCUUCCUGACAGGCAUCCAGGAGAUAGGAUUCAAUGUUUGUCUGGCCCAGAUGUUCCUUAUCCAUGCUCUGUCAGCCAUGGAGUCAGCUGUUCUGCUGGCUAUGGCUUUUGACCGCUUUGUGGCCAUCUGUCAUCCACUGCGGCAUGCUUCUGUGCUCACAGGGCCUACUGUGGCCAAGAUUGGACUAGCUGCCCUGACCAGGGGAUUUGUUUUCUUCUUCCCUCUGCCCUUCAUCCUGAAGCGGUUGUCAUACUGCCAAACACAUAUGGUCACACACUCCUUCUGUCUGCACCAAGAUAUUAUGAAGUUGUCCUGUUCUGACACCAGGGUCAAUGUAGUAUAUGGACUCUUCAUUAUCCUCUCAGUCAUGGGUGUGGACUCCCUCUUCAUUGGCUUCUCCUACAUUCUUAUCCUGAAGACUGUGUUGGAGCUGGCUUCUCAGGGGGCAGCACUCAAGGCUUUCAAUACCUGCAUCUCCCAUCUCUGUGCUGUCCUGGUCUUCUAUGUGCCCCUCAUUGGGCUCUCAGUGGUGCACAGGCUGGGGGGCCCUACCUCCCUGCUCCAUGUGAUUAUGGCUAAUAUCUAUUUGCUACUACCACCUGUGGUCAACCCUGUUGUCUAUGGAGCCAAAACCAAGGAGAUCCGUUCACGGGUCCUCCAUAUGUUCUCACAGGGUGGCAGGUGA